AUUCUUCUCCAACAAGGACAACCAUCCAUUUUUUUUCCAUUCUCUCUAGCUAACUCAACACACCUUUUUGUCUCUAUCUCUCUCUCUUCAGUUCUCAAGCUAUACAAGUAACCCUUUUGGAUCAAUAAUAAAGCAACCCUUUUUUUGUUCACAUUCACAUAUACCAAAAAUCUUGAAAACCCUUGUUUGGAUCCAUGUCUGAAAACCAGUUUUACCAUGAUCACACCGGGUUUAAUCCGUUCAUUGGUGACGACGGCGAUGAUCAUCGAAACCCUUCUCUGUAUUCAUCGAAUCUCCCGCACCCAGAAUUCGAUCCUUCUUCUCCUUUCGUGAACUACAACGUUGUUUCCAGUUCGGGUUUUCCCACGUUGCUUUGGUCCUCUUCGACGAGGUCCGAGGUUGUCGGCCCUCCUUCCUCGGACCACCACGUUCAAGAAUGCUCUAGAAAGAGCAGCGCUUCCGUUGGGCAGCCGCCGGCGUCUUCCUCCUCCAGUGAGGCCGCCGGAGGAGAAGAAGAUUCUUCAAAGAGCAGCAAGAAUCUAGAGGGUGUAGAGUGUGAAGAUGGAGAGGACAAGUCCAAGAAAAUGAACAAAGGCAAGAAGAAAGAGGAGAAAAAGCAAAGGGAGCCUCGAUUUGCCUUCAUCACUAAAAGUGAGAUUGAUAAUCUUGAAGAUGGAUAUAGAUGGAGAAAAUAUGGACAAAAGGCAGUCAAGAACAGCCCUUUCCCUAGGAGCUAUUACAAAUGCACCACUCAAAAAUGCCCAGUGAAGAAGCGUGUGGAGAGAUCGCACCAAGACCCAACCACCGUCAUCACCACCUACGAAGGCCAGCACAACCACCACUGCCCCGCCACGCUCCGGGGAAACGCCGCCGCCAUGUUCUCCUCGCCGCCCUCCUUCUUUCCAUCCUCAGCGCCUCAGCCGCCGCCCCGGGACCUCUUCGCCAACCAAAUGUACCCCGCCGUGGCGCCGCAUUUCCCGCCUCCCAUAAUGUACGAUUAUCAGCAGAGCCACGGCGGCCACGCGCCGCCGCAACCGCAGUUUGAUUACGGAAUGUUUCAAGAGAUGGUGGCGUCGUUGGUCCAAAAACAGGAACAUAAUAAUCUUUGAGGGUUUUUUAAGGAUUAUUGGUGUUUUUUUUGUUGUGUGUUUAAGUGUUGGUGGAUUGGUGGUUGUGUAAGUGUUGAUGAGCAUGGAUUGAUGAUUACUUUGAGAGCAUUGACUUAUUUUGUUGAACCCAUGAUGAGGGUCUUUUCCAUGUUCAUGCUUAAAAGUAGGGAAAUCUGCGGUUUAUUAUUAUCUAUAAAUUUAUAAAGUUUUGUACUUGUGACUGGUGUGGAUGGUAGUUGAUACAAUUCAUAUAUGCUAUUUUUAGUUA